AUGGCAUUUUGGAGACCAUGUUUUGAUUCUGAAAGUAGUAAUAAGUCACCUGCAUACAGUAAACAGGAUAGCUGGUUAGUUAAAAGAGUUGAUGGGUUAUUUUUUGUAUCUGGUGAUACAUGUGCAGGCUAUACCGAUUACAGUUCAUAUUAUGAAGCAUUUGAAUGCCCAACCUCGACUGACACCGAGGGCAUGACCUACUGCUGUGGAAGUGAUAUGUACAGGUUUUGCUGUUCUCAAGCAGACUAUGAUUUCGAUAAUGAUUUUGACAACGUUUUCGAAUCAGCAAUUGGAUUUGUAACAAUUGUCGCAAUUGCGAUUAUAUGCGGUAUCAUUGCCGUACCGAUUAUUAUAUCAGUAUCUAUUGUGGCAUGUGUGUAUUGCUGCAUUAAGGGAGCACAAUCAAACAGCGAGGAUACCACAACACAUCAAGAAGCCCCAGCACCAGCAUACAACAUUGUGCCCCUACAAAACUAUCCACAGUCAUCGCAUGCCGUCUAA